AUCGAAGAGGUCCAGAGGGGGUGGGAUAGGAAACGGCUGACCGAUAGGAACAUUACGCAACGCAUUCUCGAUCCCGGGGAACGACCCCUCGAGGCCCAGUCCCAGUGGAAAGGGGACGGCAGGUUUGUGCUGAAGAAGGUGGCGGACGACCCGUCGUCGAGGGCGUGGAUGUCGAGCAUAAGGAACGCCCAGAAGGACCGGAAUCGGGCCAAAGCCAUGGGCGCAGACAUGCAGAGCACC